AAACUUUUUUGAAAAUUUUUUUGUUAGGUGAGUGUUUUAAUGAAAUUUCAAUGUAAAGCAAUAGUUUUUUAAAAAUGAUUUAUAUAAUAAGUAAUUGAUUCAAUUCUGGAAACAUCGAAUGUCUAAAUGGCGACGAGUAAAAUCGCGAAGAACUUCAUUUACAUCAAACAACAAAUCGCCGCGUUGUUGAAGAGCACCAGCAACACAGUAAAAUGCAUUUGGUUAAUCGUUUUCGUCAGCUAUUCAUUUUCAUUUUUUGAAACUGCCGUCGAUGUGAUCAGCGUCACACCGGGAUAUAUUAUACCACCGCAUUUUCGAAUAUGGUCUGCGUUUACAUUUUGCUUUUUAGAGCUGCAUUUUUGGAACGUUUUAACCGAUAUCGUGAUGAUCGGUUUAUGUGGCAAAGUAAUCGAACCUCUAUGGGGUCCGGCGGAAAUAAUGAGUUUUUUCAUCGUAGUAAACAUAGGAGUUGCUCUGUUCUCUUCUAUCUUCUACUUAUUCGCUUACAUGUGUACUUCGUAUCCUUAUUACUUGUUCGAUGUUCAUAUUCACGGAUUAUCUGGUUACGUUGCCGGAGUUACGGUGGCUGUGAAACAGAUAAUGCCUGAUAUCCUGAUUGUGAAAACACCCUUGGGACGCAUCACCAACCGAAAUAUGCCUUUGAUGGUUCUCUUUUUUUCGUUUGUAUUUUGGUUCGUUGGAAUUUCUCAAAGCACCAAUACAGUAAUGAUGUCAUUUGGCGUCUACGUUAGUUGGAUUUAUUUGAGGUUCUAUCAAAGACAUUCGAGUGGCACUAUCGGAGAUAUGUCAGAAUCGUUUAAUUUCGCCAGUUUCUUCCCGAGUAUUAUUCAACCGUACGUUGGAGUAUUGGCAAAUACCAUAUUCGAUUUGUUAGUGAAAACGAAAAUAUGCAAGAAACGAGUUACUAUUAUUGACCCUUCGAACGACUUGACUGGUGUAACUGUUGGCGCAUCGGGAGUUAAUCAUGAUAAAGAAAGAAGAAAACAAAAAGCGUUGAAAGCUUUGAGCGAACAUUUGAAUAAAACAGAUCGACCUCGAGUUGUAGGAGCAGUUUUACCACAAAAAAGUAUACCAUCUUCGCCAAAAAAGAAAAUCGAUAGCCCAUCUUACUCUGGAGACAACGCUUCGAUUUCGACUGCAUUCCAAGAAAAUGAACCUUUGAUCUCGAAUGAACAAAAAUAACACAAAUAAUGUUUGAGGAUAAUUUCUUUUACUUCGAUUCAUCAUCUGUCAAAUCCUUCACGUUUGCGAGUAGUGCUGCGUGAGUGAGUAUUGUAUAAAAACACCUCAAUUCGUGAAGAAUUAACGAGGAUUUUGUUUUACGUGGAAUUUCUUUCAAUUAUUACUUACUGUACAAAACUGUUUCAAAAAUAAUUUUCCAAAAUUGUUACCUUAUAGCGAUUCAUUAACAUAAAUGUGUCUUUUAGUUUGUACUAUUUAUGUCUAUCCUAUUAGCUUUCCAAAAAAAUGAAAUUUUAAUUGACUGUGAUUUUUUGUACAGUAAUAAAUUAUGAGAUUUUUUCAUGUCAAGUCACUAAUGUGUUCCAUUGGAGAAUUUCAUUGAAACUUUGUUAGCGAUUACUACAUAAUAAGAUGUGCUUAUUUUAUGAUGUUGAAUGAUACUUGUUUUUUUUUCUCUAUGAAGUAAACGAGUAAUAAUUUUCAA